CGCCUAAUGAUGGCAGCGCGCGGGUGCGCGCCCCAGCCACUAGUCCGUCACUGUUAGCACUUCCACAGCAAGGAAGGAAGCGGCGAGCGGCCCCGCGCCCUCCACGAGACACUCCCAAGUCGAGAGGAGGCGGCGGAGCAGCGAGGCCUCGGCCGAAAUAUCUUCUCCAUCCAGCCUCGGUGGUCGUCGCGGCUGCCGGCGGGAGUCACGAUACGACGCGAUGGCGUGCUGCCGGGCCCUCGCGCUCCACCCCCUCCCCGCUUCCGCUCCCCGCGCCCGGGUUAGCGCCCACCGGCUCCGCCCUUCCUCCGUGCGCGUGCGGUGCUGCGCCUCCGCGGGCGACCGGGCGGAGCCGCCCCAGGAGGCCGUUCUCAAGGCCAUCUCUCAGAUAGCAAGCUCUAAAGGAAGGGUUGCACAAACAACAAAUGUUAUCAUGGGUGGCACUGUUACAGAUGACGCAACAGAUGAAUGGCUUGUUCUUGAUAAAAAGGUAAAUACUUAUCCUACAGUUAGAGGGUUUACAGCAAUUGGUACAGGAGGCGAUGAUUUUGUGCAGUCAAUGGUUGUUGCUGUCGAAUCAGUUAUCGAAGAACGUAUUCCUGAGGGUCAAAUAUCCCAGAAAGUGUCUGCUAAAGGGAAAUAUGUGUCUGUCAAAAUUGGACCUAUCCGUGUGGUUUCCAGCGAGCAGGUCCAAGCGGUGUACAAUGCCAUGAAGAAAGAUAUGCGCAUGAAAUUCUUUUUGUGAAUGACAAAUAGGUUGGAGUGUUGUACAUCGAACAGUUGAAUCGUGAAGAUUCCCUUGCUCUGCUGAGUGAAGCUUGCAAAGCAGAGUUUGCAUCAUCCUCUUUUUGGCGAGGGAAUUGGAAGGACUAGUAUGACAUGCUAGCCAAGGAAGGGAUUAGUGGUCAGAUGCCUAUACUGAAGUUAGUUCCAUCGAUGUAGCUCGAGAUUCAAAAGGAGAACUGUUUAGGUGCUUGGGGAACCCAUGCCGAUGCAAUGUCACAUGUGAGACCAGUUUGUUUAUAGAAGAGCACAAUAUAUGUUUGCCACAUAGGCAGUUGUAUUCGCAUAGAAUUGGGGUGAUGGAAAAUGGAUACUCCCUUCGUUCUCCGUUCCAAAA